AGAAAAAAGAAAGAAUAAAAACCAGUGAAUAGAGGGGGAAAUGGAGAACCAAAACAAAGCUUAUGUUGUUGUUUUACCUGCCAUGAAUGGAGAUCCUGAGGAAUUCGUUUUCAUAGAAGAAGAUGACGAUCUGUCCCAUUGGGAAUUCGUUCACUCCGACGAUUCCGAUGCCGGUGCUGUUGAAUCUCGUGGUUUGCUUUUCUCCUCUCCGACUGCCGUCGCGAUUCCCGACAUGAUUCCAGACGUCGAUGAUCGCGGCUUCGAUUACGAGCCGUCCGAUGAUGUGUACGGUGAGCCGUACAUAUACGAUCAAGACGACGACGACGAUGGUGAUGAUGAUGGCUAUGGGUGUGAUCUGGAUGACGAGUUGGUCCCGAGGGAUUUGGCUGGGAAAUUCGGGAGGCAGAGGAUGAGGAAAUUGGGGAAAAGGGCGUUUGCCAAGAUGAACAAUUCGAAGCGGUCACCGUUUUUGUAUGUGAAGCCUGGGUGUGUUCACGGCAAGCACGGGCUCGGAUUGAAGCACUGUUUCUAGGUAAACCAAAUCUCCAUUUCUUUUCAUUUCUUCAUCUCUUUCCUGUCGAUGAAUU